AUGGAUGCUGAAGACGAAGUCGAAGGUGUACUGGAGACACAAGAAGUCAAGGUCGUUCCCCGUAAUCCAAGGAGAAUGAAGCUGCGGGCUUGGACACAAGCGGAAGAAGUGGCUUUGGCGAAAGCCUACAUCAACGUUUCUCAAGACCCAUACAAAGGCAAUCAUCAAGCUCAUCACUCAUUUUGGAAAAAAGUGCUAGCCGAGUUUAACAACCAUUUAGAGAAGGACUUGUGGCGUAAUUAUGAUCAAGUUAAGUCGAAAUGGAAGGAUAUGAAUGGUAAGGUUACUAGUUUUGCCGGAAUUUACAACAGCAAAAUGUCGAAUAUGAGUAGUGACACUAACAACGAGGAUGUGUUCAAGUCAGCUACCGUUGCAUACAUGAAAAAAUACAAUACGAAAAAUGGGUUUUCUCAUUUGGCGGCGUGGGAAGUUGUAAAAAGUUUCCCCAAAUGGAGCGAAGUCUUGGAAGAAACAGAGGACUCGACUUCCAAGAGAGCAAGAACAAGCGAGUCAAACGUAAGGUCAUCAGAAGAGGCAGAUUUUAUGCCUGUUUAUUUAGACGAGAAUCAAUGUGAUCAGGAUGACCUAGAUGAACUGCCAACAAGACUAGCAUCUCCACCAAGAUGUAUAGGAAAGAAGCCAUUUCAGUCACUGUCGACCCAAACCGAACAACUCAUGAAGAUGGUGAAGGAGUUUAAUGCUUACAACAAAGAUGAAGCUGAAGAUAAAAAACAGGCUCGAGCCAAGAAGCUUCGACUAAAGGAAAAGAAAAUUGAAGCGAGGAUUGCUCGAGACCAAGAGGUGGCGAGUUUGGUUCGUGAACAAAAACGACAGAUGAUUGAGCAACAAAAACAACAAGAUUUGGAGUUCAUCUUGAAGUCUCACGAUCAAUACACCGGACCGUUGUUGCAAACGGUGUUGGCUCGGAAACGUGAAAUCGCCGAACGUUGGGGAUGGGACUUUUAG